AUGGUUAAGUGGUUCUCGGCGGCAGAUGGAUUAGGGUUGCGGUUCGGACCCCGUGGGCAGCCAGCCAGGGAUAGGGUUGUUGCGGUGGUGUUGUGGUGCUGCGGCUAUCGAACGAGGCGGAAUAUAACACGACGCAACACGACACCACGAAUAAUGCGGAUACGAGACUGGGCCGAGAUCGGGAGAGUGGCGAAAGGAAAACUGGAACUGGAACCCCGACUGCUCGGUGCCAGCCCUUAUAUAUGGCGGCCGCGUGGGAACGCUACCGUAAUACAUUGCCAUUGGCAAUGUUUCCCACGCGGCGCGCGAGAACGGCGGCCGGCUGGCUGGGAAAGUCGUGCCGGGCACGACACUGGGGGCGGCCGAAAAGAACCGCUAGGGCGAAGAUGGAGGCCUGAUGGUACUGGCCACAAGUGGGACCCCGAAGGGCCAAUGGUUGCCGAGAACCGGACGGCAGGUGUAUGCCCGCAGGCAAAGGUCUUGCCUGAUGACGACGUAGACGACUCGUGGCGUUGUACUGGUUCGCUCGACAAGUGGUUGACCAUGAAGACGACGUUGAAUAGGAGGAGACGGCGACGUGCAGCGGCUCGACAUAUACAACAACGACUUGACAUGGGUUCAGCGGCUCGACAUGGGUUCAGUGGUGAGACAUGA